GAGGAAGAGCAUUAUUUGCAUUAUAAACAAAGACAAGUUUUAUACCAACAAGCUGAGGAAAAGUGAAGCUUCCUAAGAAAAACAGAGGGCAGUAAUGGAAGUUCUGCUGCUUCCGCUCCUCAUUCUCCAGGUAAUUUCGGGAUGUGCAUGUUUAUGGACUGUAGGAAAACUGACAGCUAAACCCGGUGACUCUGUCACAAUUCCCUGCCACUACAACUGGAGGUUCCGAGAGAAUGUCAAGUACUGGUGCAGAGGGAAAAUGUGGUACAUGUGUGUCCGUGUCAGAGAGCGGCCAGGUCGAGUUGGUGUGAUGGACAACCCAGAUGAGUCCGUUAUCACCCUCAGUCUCUCUGAGCUGCAGAUUGGUGAUACCGGGAGGUACUGGUGCGCCAUUGAAAUUAAAGGACUGAUGAAGAGCGACAUCAGGACAUCAUUGGAGCUGCAAGUGACUAAUGAUCCUGAUUUCUGGGUCACCAGUGCGUUUUUGUCUGCUUUUGAGGGUGGAACUGUUCACAUGCGGUGUUUGUAUAGCGACAGACUGAAGAAGGAGGAAAAGAAGUGGUGUAGGGGUGGAGACCUGCACUCCUGCCGAUCUCAACAAAGCACUCAGAUAUCCCAGCAUACAUCACUACAGCUCAGAGAUGAUGGAAAUGGCUCAUUCAGUGUGACGCAGCGGGGACUUCAGACAGGUGACGCCGGCUGGUACUGGUGCAGCGCUGCAGGGGUCCAAGCACCUGUACACAUCUCCAUCAGAAAAACACACAACUAUACACACAACAAUACAGUGUAUAGUGAUUCUCCAUCACCAUCAUCCACUAUUGCACAGACUCCACAAAUACACACACUUCAAACCCACAUAGGGCCUAGCUCUUCACGUGGAUUAACCACAUUUUUAACCCCAUCCUCGACAUCUGCGUCACCAGAGGAUAUGUUCACCUCAUCUGCAUUAGGAUAUUCAUCAACCCUACCUAAAUCCCCACCCAUUACAAAACCCUCUGCUUUACACAGAUUGAGACUGUGUGUGGUCGUGCUCUUGGCUGCAGUGAUGUCCGUAGUGGUGGGUGCAGUGUGUUGGAGAUUUAAAACACAACAGUAUGAGGCUUGGAUUUGGAAGAAGGUGGUAGAGUCAGAGGAACUCAAUGUAAGAGAUAAUGAGGAGCUGCUAGACCAUAAUUGGAGCAGAGCUGCUGUUCUUCAACUGCAAGAAGAAACUAAUUCUUAGAUGGCUACACUUUAUACAUAGUGCAUAUAUAUUUAUAUAUAGUGUAUC